AUAACAUGUGAGCCUGUCAAAGAAGACAGUACUUACAUGGUCACAGCCACCACAGGUGUUUAGUCACUACACUUUAUAAUAUUUACCACAUGGUCACCUGCUGCCCUGCCCUCUGCCGCUUUGCUCUCCUCUCAGUGAGCUAUGGAAAUUGAACAGUUUGUGUCCAAAACACUCGAGCUUCUGCAGGAGGAGAGAGAGGCUGAGAUAGAGGAGACCAGGGUAUGGCAGGAAAACAUAGCGCUCAAGGAUCUUCAAAGCAAAGGAGUAUGCCUGCUGAAGUUACAGAUAGGAAGUCAGUCCACAGGCCUGUAUGGUCGCACCGUGGUCACCCUGGAGCCAAGAAAACACAUCGGCAUCUCAGUGCUGCCAAGUAACAGCUUUGGACCUGGGGACAUCGUUGGCUUGUAUGAGACUGGUGGAUUCAGUACAGCCUCUCAGAUUGGCACAGGGAUAGUGACAAGAGUCAGUCAAGCAUCCAUAAGUGUGGCCUUUGAGGACUCUCAGGAUGGCCUCGGUGUUGACAGCGAUUCUCUUUACAACCUCUUCAAGCUGGCAAACGAUGUUACCUACAAACGAAUGAAACAUGCCUUGAAUGCUCUGAAUGGAUACAGCAAUGGACCAGCUGCCAAUUUGAUAAAUGUUCUCUUUGGAUACUCACAACCUGGUUCUCAAUCACAGCCAGCUGAAGUAGCAUUCUUGAACUCGGACCUGGAUGAUUCCCAGAGAGAGGCUGUUUCUUUUGCCCUGUCUCAGAGAGAGGUGGCUGUGAUCCAUGGGCCACCAGGCACCGGCAAAACUACCACAGUGGUGGAGAUCAUCCUCCAAGCAGUCAAACAAGGCCAAAAGAUCCUCUGCUGUGCCUCCUCUAAUGUGGCUGUGGAUAACCUGGUGGAGAGGCUAGCCAGGUGCCACGCUAAGGUCCUGAGACUGGGUCAUCCUGCCAGACUGCUGGAGUCAAUACAGAAACAUUCGCUGGAUGCUGUCCUCGCCCACAGCGACAACACAAACAUCAUCGCUGACAUUCGUAAAGACAUUGAUAAAGCUUUUGUGAGAAUGAAGAAGGUGCAUGACAAAGGGGAGCGGUUCAACUUCAAAAGGGAAGUAGGGGAGUUGAGAAAAGAGCUGAGAACCAGGGAAGCAGCGGCCAUCACCCAGAUCCUGAAAAGUGCUGAUGUCGUGUUAGCAACCAACACAGGCGCAUGUGAUGACGGGCCUCUGAAGUACCUGCCAGCAGACCAUUUUGACUGGGUGGUGAUAGACGAAUGCGCCCAGGCCCUGGAGAGCAGCUGCUGGAUCGCCCUCCUGAGAGCACGCAAAUGUAUUUUGGCUGGAGAUUACAAGCAGCUACCACCCACUAUCAAAUCACAAACGGCUGCAGUAAAAGGCUUGUCUGUAAGUCUCAUGGAGAGACUCAUCCAGAAGUACGGGGACUCUGUGGUGCGAAUGCUCACUGUGCAGUACCGCAUGAACAGUGCCAUCAUGGAGUGGGCCUCCAAAGAGAUGUACCAAGGAAGACUGACUGCUCAUAGCUCUGUGGAGAGACACUUGUUGAAAGAUCUGCCGGGAGUUUCCUGUGUUGAAGAGACCAGCACCCCCCUGCUUCUUAUUGACACUGCAGGCUGUGGCCUGAGUGAAAUGGAAGUCACUGAUGAGCAGUCAAAAGGCAAUCAAGGUGAAGUCGACAUUGUUGAACUACACAUAAAAGCAUUGACUGAAGCUGGAAUAAAAGCUAGAGACAUAGCUGUCAUUGCCCCAUACAAUUUACAAGUUGAACUUCUGCGUCAGAAACUUUCCACAAGGCACCCGGAGCUAGAAAUCAAGUCGGUGGAUGGAUUCCAGGGCCGAGAGAAAGAGGCCGUGGUGUUGUCGUUAGUUCGGUCAAACAGAAAAGGUGAAGUUGGAUUUCUAGCUGAGGACAGAAGGAUAAAUGUGGCUGUCACUCGUGCCAGACGCCACCUUGCUGUAGUGUGCGACACACAGACUGUUCAGAAUCAUGCCUUCCUCAAGUCUCUGAUCGAUCAUAUGACUGAGUGUGGAGAGGUCAGAACAGCGUUUGAGUAUCUGCAGGACAUUGUGCCGCAGAACUACACUCGCGACCACAAAGACACCAAGGCCAGUGCUUCAGCUAGCAGCUCCUCAUCUACCAAACAGAAGGCGAAAAAUCAGGCUCCGGUCAAGGCAAAACAAGGACAGAAGAAACCUGGUAAGGAAGAUGCUGCCCGCUCAGAUAAGCACACAAAAUCCUGCUCAUCAGCACUGACAGAAGAGGAACGAACCAAAAACAGAAGUGCUGAGAUCAGAGAGCAGGUGGAGAGAUUCCUGAAGGACCAAAAUCAGAGUGAGCUACAGUUCCCAUCAUCCUUCAGCUCUCAUGACCGCCUGCUGGUCCACCAGAUCUCUGAGGAGCUGGGCCUCAGCCAUGAGAGCAAAGGGGAGGGCAAAGACAGGUGUAUCAUCAUCUCCAGACCGCUCAAAUCAAAACCAGUCGAGGAGCCGACACAAUUAGAAGCUGUCCAGGAAGAAGAAACGGUCCCAGAACCCCAAGAAAAACCUCUGUGUCAACCUCCAUUAGACCUUAAAAGUUUACAUCUGGAGCGAAUGAAGAGGGAGCAGCAGAAAAGGGAAGAAAAUGCUCAAAAAAAGCAGGACAGCAUUCGCACAGCACCAAGUCAGUCUUCAAAGAAACCCAAGUCAGCUAAAGGAAAGAACUGUACCAAGGCUGGUGCCUGUGACAUUGCUGCUGCAGCUGGUGCAGAUGACAACUUUGAUGCACUUAUUACUGCUGUGAUGAAGGCUGACAGUGUGUGUAGUUUUGUCAAGUGUAAAGCCUCUGUGCUGACCCUGGGUCAGCUCUGCCUGUUUUGCAACAGGCAGUAUUGUCUCAGUCACCACAUACCUGAGGUUCACGGCUGUGGGGAUAAAGCCAAGUCCCAUGCACGGAUGAGGAUAAGCAAGGAAGGUGUUCUCUAUGCUGGUAGUGGGAAGAAAGACAAAUCUAUGGACCCCAAUAAGAAGGCCUAUCUACAAAGGAAACUGGACUCCAAACUGAAGGAUAUGGCAUCUCAAAGGAAAACAAAAAGCAAAGACAAGGACAAUUAAAGCUGUCAAAAUAACAUGUAUAAUUUAAUAGAAUUGAAUUGAUUUUUUGAUGCUAGAUCAAACUGUGCACUAUUUCUUCAACAGUGGCAUGUUUGUAAAUUUGUGUGAUGAAAUAUAAGGCACAUGAAUGUA